AUGCAAGUAAACCCCCAAUCCGAUACCAGCACAAUAGAGGACGAUACCGCCUUCAUCUCAGAGUCCAUUAUCAGAGCUGCAGAAGUUGCUAUAGGAAAAACAACUAACUCUUUAAAAAGAAAUCUAGUCCCUUGGUGGAAUGACCAAAUAAAAGAGUCAAUCAAACAAAAAAACAAAGCACUCAAAACCUUUCAAAGCUCAAAAAACAUGUCUGAUCUCAUAAAACUUAAACAACUGAGAGCGAAAACGCGAUACCUAGUUAAAAGAAGUAAGACUGACUCUUGGAAAACCUUCACGUCCUGUUUGGGACCCAAAGCUGACUCCGCUCUGAUAUGGCGCAGAGUUGGGUCACUUCGAGGCUUCUCCAAGAACCACAACAUUCACAUCAUGAAAGACACAAAAUUAUGCACCGAUCCCGACGAAAUAUCCAAUCUAUUAGGAGAUUUUUUCUACCAUAACAGUUCGGAUGAAAACUACAAUACGACUUUCUUUAAAAAAAACGUACACAUGAGGAACCAGAAUUUAAUUUCUAGCAUCAACCCACACCUUGAUGAACAGAAAAAACUCAACUCCCCAAUUCAGUUGAUUGAUAUGUUCAGAGUUCUAUCCAAAUGUAAUAGUCUUGCCCCAGGACCAGACGGGAUACCUUAUAAAUUUAUCCACAACCUCCCCAUGACCGCCUUAAAUGCAAUUAUUCGAGUAUACAACAAAAUAUGGUCAUCUGGUCAUAUACCUCGAAAUUGGAAGCACUCUAUAAUUAUUCCAAUUCUUAAACCGGAAAAAAACAAAUUUGAUACUAAAUCAUACAGACCAAUAUCCCUCUUAAAUACCUUGGCAAAGAUAUUGGAAAAAAUUAUAGAUUAUAGACUUAGAUGGUUUCUUGAAAAAAACAAUUUCUUGGAUCCUCGCCAGAACGGCUUCCGAAGACAUAGAAGCACCACAAACUCAUUACAUGACAUUCAAGAGGAAAUACAUUCCACACUCGAAGCUAAACAAAUGAUGGGCCUCAUAGCUCUUGACAUAUCAAAAGCGUAUGAUACUACCUGGCGCCCCCGUAUUGUUAAAAUAUUGUCAAACAUUAUCUGUAAAGGUAAUUUAUUCAACUUUAUACAGAACUUCCUUACCGACAGAACCUUCCAGGUGAAGUGCAACGGAAAACUAUCGAAAAUAUAUUCUCAAAAAAACGGCGUACCACAAGGAUCCACACUAUCGGUAUCGCUAUUCUUAUUAGCGAUUAAUGAUAUACCACUAGUUAUACAACCCCCGGUUAUGUGCACACUAUUUGCCGAUGACUUCAACAUAUUCUGCAGAGGCAUCAAUACAAAUAGAACUAUAAAUUACCUGCAGAAUGCAAUAACUGCACUACAAGACUGGUCUCUUGUCUCGGGUUUCUCUUUUUCAGUCGAAAAAUCACAAUGUACUUUCUUCACUAAUAAAAGAAAUGUUGUUAACACCACCAUAUAUAUGAACAAUAUUCCCAUACCAAUUAAAAAGUCCAUAAAAAUAUUAGGUAUACUGUUCGACUCAAAAAACACAUGGAUACCUCAUCUCAAGGCUAUCCGAAAGGAGUCGCUCAUAAGAAUCAACACUCUGAAAUGCUUCGCUCACAAGUCAUGGGGUAGCCACUCUUCCAGCCUACUACAAAUAUACAAGGCACUCAUCCUAUCUAAGCUCGAAUACAAUUCUUUUCUGUUCAUAAAAGCUAAGCCAUCUGCACUCAAAAUGAUAGACACCGUUCACAACACAGGCUUAAGACUAGUCACCGGAGCUUUUCGCUCCAGCCCAAUCCCCAGCGUCCUCAACAUAGCCGGAGUCGCACCACUCGACAUCAGGAGGGUACACAACACCAUGUUGCUUGCAAUCAGACGCACCCAAAACAAUCUCAAAGUAGCGAAACAAAUCACGGACUCACUAAAUGAUACCCAUUUUCCGUACCUAGAUGUUAUUAAAAAUGAAACCCCUCUGACGGCCCCCUGGCUAUUCAACAACCAUGUAAACAGUGAACUUAGUGAACUAGUUAAGAAUGAUACCUCACCCAUAGUUUUUAACCAACAUCUACAAUCAAUCACCUCCGAUCUCUGCGACCACACUGAAAUAUUCACCGACGGCUCCAAAACGGAUAUCGGUGUUGGAGCUGCAGUAGUAGUUAAAGACUACGUAUCAAUGCUGAGACUCCCUAAUUUCUGCUCAAUAUACUCAACGGAGGCAACGGCAAUUUCUUACGCCCUAGACCUCAUCAAAACAAGACGCAUACUCAAAGCAGCUAUUCUAAGCGACUCGCUAAGCUCUUUAAGGAGCAUAGAAAACCCCUUCACUCCAAACGAAAUCGCCAGAAAAAUUCAGAAUCAACUGCAUAACCUCACAAGUUCCGGAUACUCCAUAAUCUUGAUAUGGAUACCCAGUCAUAGUCAAAUCACGGGAAACGAGAGAGCCGAUGAAAACGCUCGCCAAGCAAUAACAUCCCCGGACGCUAUAAAACUUAAUGCCUUUACUCUACACGACGCUAAAUCUCUAUCUAAAACAAUCACAAACAACUUAUGGCUCCGGACUUGGAGACUAGGUUCUACAAAACUAAACGAGAUCAAACACACCACCCUAACAUGGCCCUCUCCAUCGAACACAUCCAGGAAAAUAGAGACGGCAAUCAACAGAAUGCGAAUCGGACACACAGCGCUAACCCACCAGCAUCUGAUGAGGAAGGAAGACCCCCCCAUGUGUACAAGCUGCGGCACCCAGCUCACAAUCAAGCAUAUUAUAUCUGAAUGCCGCCAAUUUGAGAGAGAAAAACGGGAAGCAGGAGUUUCAUGCAUUCUCGCCGAAGCCCUUCAGCCAGCCAACAUCCAGAACACGAUAUCAUUUAUAAUCAAUUCUAAUUUAAUCAACCUACUGUAA